UAAUUUUUAGCUGUAUGCAACUUUUACCUCCAGCGGGACGCUGGCGGUGUCCGACUCCGGAACGUUCGUUACAGACGUGUUUCAAGGGGGAACCAUUGGAGAAGCAGGAGCGUUUCCCCAAACAGCCGAAGUUUCAUUUGACAUUUGUCGUUGCAGGAGUAUAACGUGUUUUAAUUUAGCGUUUGACGGUUUUAUCAAACUCACCUUCGAACAUUUCGGUUUACCGCUGCCGGACUGUGGUUACCAGGUUACUGCUAGCUAACAUUAGCAAUGACAUUGACAGCUGAGAACAGGUCGAGAUGAUAUUUAGAACUAGUUAGGAAGUGUUGUUGUGGUCCUCCGACGGUCAUUUCUCGCUUACAAUGGACAUUUCCAGCCUUUUUACAUAACAAGCGGCUGUGCUGACUUGUGUUUUGUCCGUCUGGAGGAGCAGUUGUGUUACCUGACAGAACCAUGGCUUUACUUUGUGGCAGACUUUUAUUAAGGAGCAGCCGAUUCUGUGCGGUUUCCACACACCUCACACGAAACUUCCGAGUCUGCAAACCAGCUGGCUGUCCGGUGAAGAACAGAUGCUCUGUGUCCUCUCCAAUAACAGACUCUGUCCACCUGAGAGCCGCCAGAACUGGAGCACCUUUCUCAUUAUGCAGAUUCCAGAUUUGUCUCAAAAGCAGUUCCCCUCUGUCCAGUGGUUCUGUCCUGACUCAGUGUGGACACCAGAUACAUACCUCAGCCCCCCUGAGGGCCCUGCCUGCUCCCCUCAUAUGGAUGGUCGUCAAACCUCUGCAGAAGCUUCUGGCUAUAAUACUGGGCAGGAGUUUAAGGAAGUGGUGGGUGGCUCUACCAGACAACCGCCGGGAGCUCAUGCGCGAAUGGGCCUGGCAGCGCCGCUGGCAUCUGGCAGCGGGGGCAGGCGUUGCUAUGGCGAUUGUAGCCCUCCUGCUCCUGACCCACCUGGAUGAGUCUCCAGUGACGGGACGGACCCGCCUGCUGGUGUUCAGCCGAGAGAACUACAUGGAGCUGGCAGCACUGACUUCAGAGGCGUACAUGGAGGAGUUUGCAGAGCUGCUGCUUCCAGUCACUGACCCCCGUCACCAGGUGGUGGAGUGGGUGGUGCAGCACCUGGCGCAGAGGAACAAGGACAUCCCUGAAGUGUCGCAAAUCAGCUGGAGUGUCCAUGUGGUGCAAAGUCCCAACGUCAACGCCUUUGUCCUCCCAAAUGGAAAAGUGUUCAUGUUUACGGGGAUGCUGGAAGCUAUAGCAGAUGCUCAUCAGCUCUCUGUUGUCCUGGGACAUGAGAUGGCCCAUGCUGUACUUGGACACUCUGCAGAACAGGCCAGUCUGUCUCAUGUCGUGGACCUCCUGUCUCUUAUUCUGCUGACAGCCAUCUGGGCCGUGUGUCCUCGAGACAGCGUGGCAGUGCUGGGGCAGUGGGUACAGGGCAAGCUUACAGAGCUGAUGUUCCAGCGUCCCUACAGUCGGAAACUUGAGGCUGAGGCAGAUGAGGUUGGAUUGCAGCUGGCUGCUAAGGCGUGUGCAGAUGUGCGAGCAGCCCCUGUAUUCUGGCAACAAAUGGAAAUCAGAGACCAGCUGACAGGAGAGCUCACUUUCCCCGAGUGGCUGUCCACACAUCCAUCGCACAGGAACAGAUUCACUCAGCUGGACCGUCUCGUGCCACAGGCUCUGGAGUUGAGGCAAAGUUGCAUUUGUCCAGCUCUACCUCCUUCUGACCCUCGUGUUGUUUUCUCCAAGAGCGUCCGUGUGUUGCUGGAAAACGCUAAGAACCGGGCUGGAGGAGGGCCAGAGAGGGCACGUAAGCCCCAACUGCCCCACGGGCCCACAUCACUCCCUGCGGGACUACCUGCAGCAUUGCUUGCAGAAAGUGUACCUCCUCCUUCCCUAAAUGUGGACCAGUCAAGCAAAGGUCUGAUUCCAGUUGUGGCAACCCCCGUCCCUGAUACUGCAGCAGGCGAAGAAUCCCAGCACGUGUUGCAAAGCACCAGCUGACAGGGGUCUAAAAUCCGCACAAACUACCUUCAACCAGUCUGAUUAACUUCACUGGAGUAGUUAGCGCUGCUAAAAGUUUUUUUUUUUCAUUAUUUCUUUCCUGUUUAAUUUCAGAGCCUCUGGGAGCUCCAAUGGUAAAGGGUUCAAGUUCCCACCCACCAUCACUGCUGAGGCUCCUAUUGGUUGGUUGGGAUGCCUUCACAAUUUAGGGUGGAGCUGGAGGGGCAGUGUGAAAAGAAGUGGCUGGGAUCAGUAUAAAUAAGACAAAACGGGUUAAUAAGUCAGCAGAAAUAUGCAGAGAAUGUUAACCAUGCCUAGUGACUACAAAGAUGCCAUUUUAAUUAGAUAACCUUGAAUGGAAAAUACUGAAUUAAUUAGUAAAGCUUCCAUACAUUGCAAGAUUAAUAUGUGCAUUAUUCAUUGACACAUGGCAAGACGAGAGUAAGCACUUAUGUGUGUGUAUGAAGGCUGUGUCCAUGGCAGGCAGAGGACAUCUACAUUCUCAUUAUGACUACUGCAUUGUCAUGCCACACACACAGCACUUUAUGCAUUUUCUAGCCUGAGGGACUUAAUGGUGUAAAUUUAUGCCGGGUUGUUUGCAGGCUUUAAAACACAGCCCUCUGCACAGGAAUGCCAAUAUCAAGCGUCAAGCUCAGAGAAAUCUUUCAUGGGAUUUUGUAAAAUCUUAUUUAACAAGGCAAGUUGACUGAGAACACAUUCGUAUUUACAGCAACAGCCUGUGGGAGCAGUCACACAAAAAAGGGGAGGACAGUUAUGGUUCAAAUCUUGAUAAUCUUUUAUCCCUGUGUGCUGAAGUAAAAUAGUACACUUGGUUACACUGUGAAAUCAAAUGCGACUACUGUGUUUUCAUUUGUCAUAAAUUUAUCUUAUUUUUGCCAUGCUUUUUAGAUAUUGAGUGUGUGUCAACAGACAAAACAUCAGCCGAGAGUCUUACACCUGCUGUGGAAGCUUUGCUUUACUGCCAACAGGGUAGGUCUAUAUUCGAGUCUGCGUCUAUAUUAAAAUAAAUGGUCCGUGAUUGGUCUUCUGCAAAGCAGUACAAUAAAAAGCCAAGGGAAUAUUGUUUUUUGCAUAUCAAUAACUCAGCAUAAACGUGCUCAGUUUUCGAGCAGCAAGCGAAAAAAUAAAACCUUUUGCGGAAUAAUUUGUUGUUUUGGUUUUUUCUAUUUCAAUAUCGAUAAAUUGAAUGGAUGGAUCAAAGGUGCAUAUUUAUAAACAACAGGAAUUAGGACUAUGGCAACACUGUGUAAUAUGUGCUCUGUGUGAAAUAAUCAGCCUGUGUGACAUUGCAUAAGAACAUCAAAACCCUCUUAUCGUCACAUGAACCAAUUAGACAGUGAGGGAAAGAGGAGUUUCUUUUGAAGUGUUUGUGUGUGCAUUUGUGUAUGUGUGCUAUGCUAACGCUAAAACCAGUGUACUUAUUGAUGCCAGGCUGCUGGGGAAUGUCUUUGCCGGUGUCUCUCAGCCGAUCAGUAAGAUGUAAAGUUGGGAAAUCACGGACAAUGUUACACCACGCCAGUCGUAAUCAAAUGAAAGCUACCAGAAUUCCCAUUAGUCAGCCUCGCUGCAGCUCUUUUGUAAUGUCUGCCAACUGUUACGAGUUCUAGCUUCUUGAAUACAAGAUCAAUCUUGUGAUAUCUAUGUGUAUUAAACAGCUUUGGAGUAUGAGCCUUUUCACUAUCUGCUGUUGAAGAUGUGUGAAGCAAAAGUGAGAUGGCUUAAAAUUCUCUCUUCCUGCCCGUUCUGAGGCCUCGAAUAUAAAACUCGCCCAGAAUCAAAUUUAAUCUUAAGUGUGACUUAAACAGAAAACUACGUCUCAGUUAUGAAUUAGGAAAUCUAUAAAUGUAUGUUUGCUAUUUGCAUAUCUUGACAACCGUACAUUGUAUUUACUUCAAACUUGGCUGGUGUAUUGCUGGGCAUCCAAACAAGUGCAAUGUCCUGUGUAAAAAAGAUGGGAUGAA